UGCGACUCUAUCGCUGGGAAACGCUGCGGAAUCUUUCCUAAAUCGAAAAGCAUGACAGGUCGAGGCUGAAAAGAAUCGCAAAGGAGUGCGAGGCCAGAGGUCACGCGUGCGUACAAGCUAGGCGUCUCAUUGAGCCAACCGCACUUGGGCGUUGCUUCAGUCUACGGCGUCAGCUCAACGAGUGUUCUUGCAGGCUCGCAGGGCGGGAACGGACCUAGAAAGGCAAAAUGACUUCUAGAAGAAGAAUCCUGUUUGUUGGAUUCAUAUCGAUUUGCUUGUUAUUCGUAGACUACAGCACAGCCGCCGAUACGAAGCAGACACCUACAGUGGCUCGUAAACCAACCGUGUAUCGCCAACCAGUGUCAGCAUCGUUCGGCGCCCAACAGCCUUCCACGCAGACCGACUCUCGCAAGGAUUCUACACAGUUAGAAACUGUGCGAGAUUUGAACCAGCAUGAAUCACAGCAAUCCCCUACACAGCGUAAAUCACAGCAACCGUCUGUACACGAAAACCAGCAACCGUCAUUGCAGCAAGCGUCCCAACAACAUGCAGCCCAGUACGGAUCUACGCAACAUUCAGUACAACACCAGCAACCUUCUGUACAGAACGGACCUCAGCAAUCUUCAGUACAACACCAACAACCUUCUGUACAGUACGGAUCUACGCAACAUUCAGUACAAUACCAGCAACCUUCUAUACAGAACGGACCUCAGCAAUCUUCAGUACAACACCAACAACCUUCUGUACAAUACGGAUCUACGCAACAUUCAGUACAAUACCAGCAACCUCCUGUACAGAACGGACUUCAGCAAUCCUCAGGACAAUACCCGCAACCUCCUGUGCAGUACGGAACCCAGCAAGCUUCAGUACAAUAUCAGCAACCUUCUGUGCAGUACGGACCACAACAACAUGCAGUACAGUAUGGACCCCAACAACCAACUCAAUAUUACGGAGAGGAACAGUAUGGCUCUCAGCUGCCUUUCUACCAGGAUCCCGGACAGCAAUUUACACGCUUUGUGCAGGCUGGAUAUCCAGGUGACUAUAACAUUGACGUGCGGCACGGCUAUCCAGAUGAGGGGCCCGGAUACAAAGACCCAGAAAUUAUUCUCACAGACGCUGAAGGCGGCGGAGACAAUAGGAAGAAAUUGAUCAAAACAAAGUACGGAUACCAAGGAGCGUUUACAAACGUUUCACUUAGGAAGCCUUUGCGGAAACAGACGAUCAAUAAUUCCCCUCGGCCGCCCGGCUACGUCGCUCGUCUCGCACCAUACUAUGCUGGCGAACCGAAUCCGAUCUAUGUCGGCGCACAGUACAACAGCCAGUUCCAACCUAGAGAUUCCUCCGUCCAACAGCCAUUGGAAUAUUUCCACGAAGGGUUGCGUCCUUUUGAUCAGUUUUCUGGUCAGUCACCACCCUAUGGUGAUUAUGGAGAUUAUGGCCCUGAUCCUUACCCAUUACCUCCAGCCCCGAUCGCGGAUUUCAAUCCAGCCACAGUGAAUCGUUUCCCCGGAGAGAGCAUAUACCCGGAACCACUACAAACCGCCAAUCCACAAGGGUUGCCGGGAAAAGCAUCACAGCCUUUCAAGGCACGAUUUGAGGAGAAAAAGAGUACAGCUGACGGACAAAUUCAGAGCAUCAAGUUCGUUCUUACGCACGAGUCUUACAAACAGGAUUCGCGCCUGAAUAGCACAGCAGCCGGCCGCCUCUCGCAGGCGCCGCCCGAAACACUAACGAAACGAGAGGAAAACGUACUCAGAAAGGCAAUUCAUAACUUAAAUUCCAAAUACGCCAGUGGAUAUUCGACGGGACAAAACGCGCAUACAAAGGACUCUCAGUUCUACAAUCCCGCUCAUAGCGUUACGCAGCAGCCACUCCGCGGCGGCACUAGAGGCAACGCAUACGGCCCGGGCGCAGGAAGCUACGGAGCUGGCGAUGAACAAGGGAAUACCUAUUACGGAGUACCCUACAGCGUAGACCAACAGAAUAGUUACGAUAACCACCCAGACGGUAACCCCUACAGCAAUUUCGCGUUCAAUGACGGUGUGAGAUAUUUCGAUCCGUCAGCUUACAAUAGGAACCCGGAGGCGUUCCCCGAGUCGGCCCGUGUUUAUGACAAGGGUCCGGCCGGCGGCGCGACCAGCGAUGCCUCAGAUAUCGUACCCGGAGAAUCGUACGAGAUUCCUGCCCCUGGUCUAGCCCAACCUGCUUAUUUUCUCGGUGGUUUUCCUGCCGAGGGCAACCCAUUUGCCGCAGCCGCCCGCGGACAGCAACCAACCUACAACUAUCCAAUAUCGCAUGGGUUUUCACUGUCUAGCGAUAACCCAGGUGCGGGUAGCAAUGCGUACGGCGUGCAUGGUGUCCAGCAACAACAACAGCCUUCCCCUCUCGACGACUACGCGGCGGGAAAUCCAUACGGUACUGUUGGCACAGACGGACCAUUCUACAAUACGGAGCAUGAACGGUACUACUCCUACAUUAACAACCCCGUACCGGGAGGUACAGACGAGAGCUCAGCGACAGAGGCUGGACUUCGGCAUAACGUCGCUCGCUAUGUUAAUCCUUACCUGGAAAACACGGGCUUCGGAUAUCCGGCUCUGCCCGCGACGCUACACGACGCCGUCUAUAGGAACCCGUUCGAUGAAGAUGCCCGCCGCCAGGACGACAAGCGGAAACGCGCGCGUCAGAACGCGAAACGCCGUAAUCGCAACAAGAAUAAUCGUCGCAGCAAAACAAGAGCGCAGCCCGACCGGGUGCCAGUACCAUCAUUCGCACCAAGAAACCUCUAUAAUAUAUAUCAGGGACACGCGUAACAUUAAAAUUUGUGUUGCUCGCGCCUACCGUGCCCGCAACUGACCCAUAACUAUAGUAUCGUAUAUCUGGUAAUGUUUUUUUUAACUAAAAAUGAGACACUCCGCUCUACGAAGACGGUGUGUUACAGACGUAACGUCAUUCGAAAUUCGUUAACGUUCAUAACAAAAGUCGUUCAGAAGUAAAAAGAGACGCGCAAAAAUCAAUUUCUUAUAUCGGCCAACGCUCUUGUUAUUAUGGCAGCCACAAUCACCACGAUGCUAAAAAUGCGUGACGGACGAUUCACACUUAAACGAUCAUUUACAGAGUCUUCAUUGUGUAAAUACGACUGAUAGAUCACCGCACCGGUAUGUGCUAGACUCGAUAAUUCAUAUCCAUGAGCCGGAACAUCAGUAAGCAAGAGUCGCAUUAGUUGGUCCAACUCGUUCUCAUUCCCUUGUGAAUCCCAAGAGGUCGCGUUCGCUAUGGUAUCACCCUCGCCAACCCACGAACAGUAAAUCGUAUAAAAUUCCCAUCGUAAUCUGAUUUCUGUUUGGAUGGCAAAGUUAUGUUUUACGCAUUUGUUUCUGUUUUUGCUAUAGGUAAAUUCACAAAAAUUGCUAUAACUAUAGUUAAGCAGGAUUUCUAGUAGACAAUCUUUAUUUUAUCAAUGUAUUUCUCUCGCGUAGCGCGUGUGCCAUUUAUAUAUAAAUAAUGAUGUCAAUCUUGAAUAAUCGUGAAUAGCUAGCAGACUAAUAGUAUUAAUUUUAGCUACCUGGACGAAAAGUUAUUUAUUUUAUACAUACAGCACCUUCAUAACGUUUAAUGAUAUGAUUAGUAUUUAAUAAUUAUAGACUUCAUUUGUCUCGAUAAUAAACUGUUUCUAUGAAUUAAAUUCUCUUUUCUUGGCUUUAUUGAUAGCCUAUAAUUCUAUAUCGCAAUAGCCUGCACAUUAUGUGCGCCUAUAGUAAAAUACAAGGAACGCGGCUUUGGAGCUAUUUAUACGGCAGUGCACUACAAUUAUAUUGCGUGUUUCUGAGUUUGUCUUCGUCGUAUGUAAAACAUCUUUAAUCAGUGAAUUACUCAGGAAUAAAAACGUGUAAUUGAAAGAUU